AUGGUGUUUCGGAGAGGCGAUCGGGUGGAAGUUGCAAGCAAAGAAGAGGGGUUUAACGGUUCAUACUACGCAGCAACAGUAAUUUCAGAGCUUCUGAAGAAAGAGUACAUAGUGCAAUACAAGACCCUCCUGAAAGAUGAUCUAUCUGGACCUUUGAGAGAGAUUGUCUCCGUCGACGAGUUCCGGCCGGCACCGCCUGAGAUUCCGGCUACUGGGUUGGGUUUGUAUGACAAAGUUGAUGCUUUUGACAAUGAUGGCUGGUGGGUUGGGAAGAUCACUGGGAAAAUUGGGAACGAGUUCUUCGUGUAUUUUGAGACUACCGGAGAUGAGAUUGUUUACCCAUUGGAAAACUUGAGGAUUCAUCAGGAAUAUGUAGAUGUUGUUCAUGCUCUGUUUUGA